AUAAAAGGGGACCAGAAGCGAGAGAGCUUUGUAAUCCUUUCAAGACCAAAAAAGAAAAAAAGAUUAUGUUGCCCGUUAGACAAACCAAGAGAGUUUUAAACUCCUCCGGCGUCUUUAUGCCGACGAGGAAAAGACGGCGAUGUGUUCCUUCUUCUGUUUCUCCGGCGCUGGAAACUAAUACCAGACCCGAUUUGUUAGAUUCAAUCCCGAACGAUCUUGUUGUUUCUAUCCUCUGUAGACUCGCUUCUACAUCUCGGUGUCCUGCUGAUUUCAUCAGCGUUUCGAUGACAUGUAAGAGAUUAAAGAGUUUAGCUACGUGUCCGUAUGUUCUGUCGAGACUGUCUCGAAAAGCUAUUGCCGUAAAAGCUCAGAACUGGUCGGAAUCAGCUCACCGGUUUCUCAAACGCUGCGCCGACGCCGGAAGUCUCGAAGCUUGCUACACUCUCGGAAUGAUUCGGUUUUACUGUCUAAAAAACAGAGGAAACGGCGCGUCGCUGAUGGCUAAAGCCGCGAUUAACUCACACGCGCCAGCUUUGUACUCACUAGCCGUGAUUCAGUUCAAUGGAAGCGGCGGUUCCAAGAACGACAAGGAUCUUCGAGCCGGCGUGGCUCUUUGCGCGCGUGCUGCUUUCUUGGGACACGUCGACGCGCUUCGUGAGCUUGGUCACUGUCUCCAAGACGGUUACGGCGUUCCGCAGAACGUCCCCGAAGGUCGGAGAUUCCUCGUUCAAGCCAACGCUCGCGAGCUCGCCGCCGUUUUAUCCCCCGACGUCGAGGCUCGGUCGUGGCUGACUUUGUCGCGGACUCAAACCCACGGCUGUCCGUUGCUGAGCGAUUUCGGAUGUAAUGUGCCGGCGCCGGAGAUUCACCCGGCGAAUCGGUUUUUAGCGGAUUGGUUCGCCUUGCGCGGCGGAGGUCCUCCCGGAGAUGGGUUGAGGUUGUGUUCUCACGGCGGAUGCGGACGACCGGAGAUAAGGAAACAUGAGUUCCGGAGGUGUUCUGUUUGCGGCGUUGUGAAUUACUGCUCACGUGCUUGUCAAGCUCUGGAUUGGAAACUCCGACAUAAGGUGGACUGUGCUCCCCCGGCGGAACAAGAUGCGGCAGGUGACGGAGAAGGUAACGUUCAGGUUGAGGGAAACGUUAACGGUGAUAACGCACUGGUGCCCAUGAGUUAACGGCAACAAGUAACGGCUGGUUAACGGCAACAAGUAAGGAAGCUUAAUUAGUUUCCUUAUUUUGUUUUAAUUAGUGGAAAGAUUAGAUGUGGCGUUAGAGUAAUUUUUGUAUUUUAAUCGCUUGUAAAGAGAAAAAUAUCAUCAAAUCAUCAUCAAUGAACGGCUGCAGUGUUCUUUUUCUUGUUAGAUUUUAGUUUUGUUUUACUUUUCUUUAUUUU